ACAGGUUUCCCCAAAUGGAGCAGUACCUGCACAAUUCGUUUGGGACUGGAUCACACCAAAUAGGACACUGUCCUAAAAAGGUCAAAUACAAAAGCAAGGAGCACGUAAAUAAGGUCACGUGACUGGCCCUAGAAGACCAGCCUUUGGAAGUCAAUGUUCAUUGAUAAGGGUGCCAGUCCCCUACCAAUACGAGAGGCCAAGAUGCAGAAAACAGCUUAUUAUGAAAACUCCGGACUGUUUGGAGGUUACACUUAUGCUAAGCCAGAAUCCUACAGCUACGGGCCCAGCCAGCAGCAGUACCCACAAUCCAGUCUAGACAACGACUAUCCCAGCACUGCCUGCUCUGUCCAGCCAGCUGCUAUAAGGGCCCCCAACCACAAAACCAAUGAUAUUAGUAACAGUUGUAUGAGGACAACGUCAAGUCAGAACUCCAACCAGACCCCAAGUAUUAGCAACCAGCAGCACCAGGCCCCAUCUCUGCCCCCUUCCUCACCCAGUCAUAGCAAUACCUCUGCCCAGAAAAAGAGCAAGUCGUCCAAUUCAUCCGGCUCUUCCCAGUCCACAAUGAAUAAACAGAUAUUCCCAUGGAUGAAGGAGUCCAGGCAGAAUUCCAAGCAGAAGAACUCCAGCAGCACCCCUCCAGCAGGCGAGAACUGCGAGGAGAAGAGCCCAACUGGCCCUUCCUCUAAGCGAGUCCGCACCGCGUACACAAGCGCGCAGCUGGUGGAACUGGAGAAAGAGUUUCACUUUAACCGCUACCUGUGCCGCCCCAGGAGGGUGGAGAUGGCCAAUUUACUGAACCUCACUGAACGCCAGAUCAAGAUCUGGUUCCAGAACCGCAGAAUGAAAUAUAAGAAGGAUCAGAAAGCCAAAGGGAUCAUGCACUCCCCCACAGGCCAGUCCCCAGACAGGAGCCCACCACUCAGUGGACCCAACCUUGUGGGAUACUCCAGCCAGCUACCGACUGUGAAUAGCCUCAGCUAUGAUGCUCCUUCCCCAACCUCCUUUGCCAAAUCCCAACAAAACAUGUAUGGGCUGGCUGCUUACACAGCACCUUUGAGCAGCUGCUUACCCCAGCAGAAAAGAUACCCUGGGGCAGAGUAUGAGCAUCACACCAUGCAGGGGAACAGCGGCUUUGCCAACCCCAAUUUGCAGGGCAGCCCUGUUUAUGUUGGAGGGAACUUUGUUGAUUCGAUGCCAGCCUCUGGCCCAAUGUUCAACGUUGGCCACCUCUCCCAUCCUUCUUCUGCCAGUGUGGACUACAGUUGUGCGGCUCAGAUUCCAGGCAACCACCACCAUGGACCGUGUGACCCCCACCCAACAUACACAGAUCUAAGUUCCCAUCACACAACUCAGGGAAGGAUGCAGGAAGCCCCCAAACUCACACAUCUCUAAGAAACUGUUGGCUGAAGAGAGAGAGAGCAAUGAUGUAAAACAUACUCCUUUUAAUUACCUCACUUUUUUCUGAAGGGAAAUUAAUGUACCUUAUUGUGAUUGUGCCAACGGCUGGAAGGAGGGUCUGAGCUUCUUCAGCAGAUCCAUCCCUUCCUCCACAUCAUUUAACCAGUCCAACAAGCAAUGGACUUUCCUAUGUACUAUAAGCAUGACAGUGCAAUAAAGUGAGAACUAAGGCACAAUAAAACUUUAAAUAAUGUACUUGAAGGUAAGUCUCUUAGAUGAAUUAGUAUUAGCCAGCGCGUCAUGCAAAAAGGUGUUUCUUUUUUCUUAUUUUUGACCAAAUGAGUAAAAAAAAAAA